AUGGGACCAAACGCUGCAACGCGAAACGAAACGGAUGGCCGAAUGAGAGGGGAGAUGCUGUUCUUCGCUGCUCUCCAUGCCAUGCUUUUUGCUUCAGCUCAAGUUAAGGCUCAGAAAAGAGAGAGAGUGAUCUGCACCAACGUCUAUGCAGCUGAUGUUGUCUUUCUGGUGGAUGGAUCAUCCAGCAUCGGAAGGGCCAACUUCCGCAUGGUCCAAGCCUUCAUGGAGGGGCUGAUUGUGCCUUUUGUCAAUGUGGUGGGGGAAAAUGGGGUGCGUUUUGGACUUGUGCAGUACAGUGAUGACCCCAGGAUUGAGUUUACAUUUUCCAAGUACCUCAAUGGAACAGAGGUGAUGAAUGCUGUCAGAGAGCUGAGCUACAAGGGCGGGAACACACGCACAGGUGCAGGCCUUCGUUAUGUAGCAGAUAAUUUCUUUGGAGCCACUCAGAUCCGGCCCAGUAUUCCAAAGAUUUGUAUCCUCAUCACAGAUGGCAAAUCUCAGGAUAAUGUUGAGCAAGCAGUGAUGAAACUGAAGAGUCAAGGUGUUAAAGUCUUUGCUGUGGGCAUCAAGAAUGCAGACACCAAAGAGCUCACCAAGGUGGCCUCCACACCCACUGAUGAUUACUUCUUCUUUGUCUCCGAUUUUAAAAUCCUGAGAACUCUGCUACCUCUAAUGUCACGGAAGGUGUGUGCCAGCACAGGGGGCACCCUACAGACAAUAGAUACACAGGCAUACAGUGGCCCUACAAAUCUGGUCUUUGUAGACCAGGGGACAAACAUGCUGAGGAUCCGCUGGACUGCUGCUGGGGGUCCCGUAACAGGCUAUAAAGUCCAGUAUGUGUCUCUCACAGGCUUGGGGCAACCAAUAACAGCAGAGAGGCAGGAGAUUAGUUUGAGUGCUGGUGAGACAAGUGCUGUGCUCCGUGGUUUGAGAGGAGAGACGGAAUACCUGGUCACCGUUAUUGCUCAGUAUGCCAACAGCCUUGGAGAAUCGGUCUCUGGCAAAGGACGUACUCAGAUCUUGUCUGGAGUGACAAACUUUCGAGUGUUGGAAGCCGGCCCAUCAUUCCUUAGACUGGCCUGGGCAGCUGGCCCAAGUGCCAUACAGGGCUACAGGCUCACUUUUAUGGCCAGAGGUGAAACUCAGGCUGAGGAAAUGAGGUUGGAGUCUAGUGCUACAUCUGUCCUGCUCAGCAACCUUCGCCCUAACACUGACUAUGUUAUCACACUCUACCCCAUCUAUCCACAUCAGACAAUAGCGCCUUCUGUGAUUACUGGCCAAACAUUGAGUUUGGCAGGAGUGCAACAUCUGUCUGCUCGGAACAUUUCCUCCCAGAGCAUGUUUCUGUCUUGGCAGGGUGUGAAUGGAGCUACUGCAUAUCGUGUAACCUGGGGAGUUCUCUCAGGUCAGGAUAUUCAGAGUGCUGAUGUGGAUUCAAGCAAGAAUUCCUACUUAGUGACUGGAUUGCAACCUAACACUGAGUACCUGGUGACUGUUGCUCCAAUUUAUGGACAGCUGGAAGGACCCAAAGCCUCCAUUAGGAAGAGAACUGACAUAAUUCAGACACUGCAGACUAUCGCUGUAGGUCCAACGUCUAUCCGGUUGACCUGGAACAUCAUCCCCAGUGCCCGGGGUUAUCGGCUAGAGUGGAGAAAAGCAAUAGGUGCGGAUACACCUAAGACUGUUUCCCUAUCCACCCAUGAGAACAGUUAUACUCUGACAGGCCUGCAGCCAGGAACAGCAUAUCACAUAACCCUCUAUACCUUGUAUGAUGGCAAGGAAGUAGCCACCCCAGUUACCAUUUCUGAGACUGAAGUGGAGCCAUCAGUGGGCAGCAUCUCUGAUUUAAGAAUCGCUGAGACCUUAGGAAACAGAGUCCGAAUGGCUUGGACAGGUGUUCCUGGGGCUACGGGGUAUAAGAUUGUGCUUCGAAACACCCAAGAUGGCACAGAGAAGAGUCGACAAAUUUCAGGUUCCCAGACCACAGUGGACCUGGGUGAUCUGAAAGAGGAAAUCAUCUAUGUUGUCCGUGUGUCAGCUCUUAUUGGCAGCCGUGAGGGUAGUGCUGUUCCUUUCAACAUCCGACUUCGGCCAACACUUGUAAGCAGCGUCUCAAACCUGCGUGCGGUGCCAGCUGGGUUGGGUCGCAUUCGACUUGUGUGGACACCUAUCCCCAGGGUUACAGCUUAUAAGAUGGUGAUUAUCAACACCCAAGAUGGCUCUGAGGAGACUAAACAAAUCCCUGGUGAUCGGGGUUUCAUUGAACUGCAGGAUCUGAAGGAUGGAGUCAGAUACUUGGUGCAAAUAACAACGCUGAUGGGCAGCCAGGAGAGCACCCCUGCCACUAUUACUUUUCAAAUGGAACACCCAUCUGUGGGCAGCAUCACCAACCUAAAGACAACUGCAGCUGGGCCCAACCAGCUGCGGAUCACAUGGAAUGGUGUUGCUGGGGCUACUGGCUAUAAGGUGACAUGGCGACUGAGGGAUGGUCAAGAGAUCUCUCGGAUACUGCCAGCUGAUGUAAACUCCUACGCUAUUGAGGGCUUGAAGGCGGGGUCAGUCUAUGUUAUUGGAGUCUCAGCCUUGGUUGGAAGCAGAGAAGGAAGUCAGGUCACCACCACGGCUACAACAGCCCCUGAUCAAGUGGGAACUGUUUCCAGUCUCAAGGUCCUUGAGUCCAGGAGCAAUGUGGUGCGAGUCACAUGGGUUGGUGUGCCUGGAGUUACCGCAUACAGAGUGAUGUGGAGCCGGAGCGAUGGUGGCGGUGAAAACAGCAAAUUGGUCUCAGGAAGCGCCAAUUCCUUUGACAUCCUUAACUUGGAAGGAGGAGUAAGCUACAUAGUUAAAGUCACAGCACUGAUUGGCAACCGUGAAGGAGAUCCUGUGUCUAUCACUGUCACCACACCAAGUGUUCCAGCUCAACCAGUUGGGAAUCUGCAUGUGACUGACACAUCAGAAAAGCGCAUCCAGCUAUCAUGGAGUCCAGCACCUGGUAGCACAGGCUAUCGACUCACCUGGCGGUUAGCAGGUGGUGGACCAGAGAAGAGCCAGCUGCUGCCAGCCCACAUCAAUGCCUAUGAAAUUGAAGACUUACAGCCAGGAGGACGUUAUGAAGUCCACAUCACCAGCUUGACGGGCAGUCAGGAGAGUGAAGCUGUGGCUAUUGUUGCCAGCACUGCACCUUUGGGCCGUGUGACUAAUUUUCGGGUGUCAGAGACUCAAAAAGAUUCUGUGACUUUGACGUGGAGUCCAGUUUCUGGUGCCACUAAUUACCUUCUGACAUGGAAGGCUUCAAGAGGUGGAGGAGAUGCACAAAGAACACUGCCUGGAUCAGCAACGUCACACCGAGUGUCUGGGUUACGGCUGGGUGAGAGAUACACCUUUACCAUUCGCCCAGUUUUUGGCAGCAUCACAGGGGCUGAGACUUCAGUUACUGAGCAGACAGUUUGCCACGAUGCCCACAGUGAUAUAGCUUUUCUCAUACAUGCGACUCGAGACAAUGCCUACAAUGCAGAGGCUAUGCGGAGCUUCCUCUCCAAUAUGGUAUCUGCUCUGGGACAACUGGGUCCUAGUGCCACUCAGGUGGGUCUUCUCAUUUACAGCUACCGCAGCCUUCCAUUACUCCUGUUCAAUCGCUCUAGUGAUGUUGCAACAGUCCUGCAACACAUCCACACACUGCGCUAUGAGGAGCCUAGUGGCAAUGCUAUUGGAGCUGCCAUCAAUUUUGCCAAGAACUAUAUCAUGAGUCACAGUGCAGGCCGUAGACUUGGUGUGCCAGGAGUUCUGGUAAUAUUGGCAGAUGGACCAUCAAGUGAUGAAGCCAUUGAGCAGGCCAGGGAGAUAAAGGCAGCAGGGAUUCACGUACUUGCAGUGGGCAUGGAUGGGGCUGAUCGUGAGCAGUUGCGCCGUCUGGUAACCAAUGAAGACCCACGCCAUGUUUUUUUUGUGAGGGACUCAAGCACUCUGUCGGAGCUGGAAGAGGCGCUUGCCAGUGCCCUCUGUCGGGCUCAAAUCACAGAUGGGCCUAGACCAGAACCUUGUGUAGUGCACUGUCCCAAGGGUGAAAAGGGGGAACCUGGUGAGAUUGGGCGGAAAGGACGCAUGGGACUUCCUGGCCCUUCUGGAGAGCCGGGACGCAAUGGGAUCCCAGGCCCUCCAGGACCAGUGGGACCUCGGGGUCCACCAGGUGAUGUCAUUGGAAGGCUGGGUGAGAAGGGAGACAUGGGAUUUCCAGGAAUAGAUGGUAUGCCAGGGAAUCCUGGCCGUCCUGGUAAUCCUGGUUCUCCUGGCCAACCAGGCAGCCCUGGCCUUUCUGGUCUCAAGGGAAACCCUGGGGAUCGUGGCCUAAUUGGUCCAGUGGGACCAAGGGGAGAGAAAGGUGAGCCGGGGCAGCCUGGAGUGGUAAGCGGAGGAGGUGGACUUCCUGGCCGGAAGGGAGAACCUGGCAACCCGGGAAAUCCUGGAAGUCCUGGAGCCAGGGGACCAGUUGGUGAUCCUGGAUCUCCUGGACUUCGUGGACCUUCUGGGCCACCAGGACCUGCUGGUGAUUUUGUUAAGGGAGAUAAGGGCGACCGAGGUGAACGAGGCCCUCCGGGAAAUGGUGAUGGAGUAGUACUCAGAGGAGAACCAGGUAUCCCAGGUGUACCUGGUGAUCCUGGACCCAGAGGACCUCCUGGGCUUCCAGGACAGAAGGGAGACAAGGGGGAUGGAGAAGAAGGUUUUCCUGGACCACCUGGCCGCCCAGGAGACCCAGGAGAUCGGGGCCCUAGAGGACCUCAAGGUGAACAAGGAAGCAAGGGAGACCGUGGACAGCCUGGUGAGGUUGGACCAUCAGGAGAGAAGGGAGAACGUGGAUCACCUGGCCCUGAAGGCGAGAAGGGAGAGCAAGGACCUUCAGGCCGUUCUGGUCCUCCUGGUAGAGAUGGCUUGCCAGGACCACCUGGUUCCCGAGGACAAAGGGGAGAGCCUGGUGAACCUGGAACUCCAGCUUCCAGCAUCUCUGGAAUUAAAGGGGACAAGGGGGAGAGAGGUCCUGUCGGACCAGAGGGACCACCUGGAUCCAGAGGAGAGCCUGGAAGCAAAGGAGAACGUGGGUCUCCUGGAUUAAGUCUCCCUGGCAUACUUGGACCAAAAGGAGAACAAGGGGACAGAGGGGUUGUUGGCCUCACUGGAAAAACUGGACCAAAGGGUGACCCUGGAGAACCAGGUGAGAGAGGAGAGCCAGGGAGAGCAGGGCCUCCUGGACCAGGUGGCCUGCGAGGGAAAGAGGGUGAAAAAGGUGACAAAGGUGAAGAAGGGAUCUUGGGUGAGCCAGGUCCACCUGGCAAACUUGGAGAAAGAGGUCCAAGGGGUCUGCCAGGAAACCGAGGGCUCCUUGGUGAGAAGGGGGACCAGGGGGAUCCUGGUGAAGAUGGAAGAAAUGGUAGCCCUGGAGCUCCAGGCACUAAGGGUGAACGAGGGGAUCCGGGGCUGCCAGGACCACCAGGCCAGACAGUCAGUGUAGGAGCUGGAGUAGGAGGACAGAAAGGCGAGAAGGGAGACCCAGGAGACCCUGGAGAGGAUGGGAUGAAAGGCGUAAGAGGAGAAACUGGGUUACCUGGCCCAGCUGGAGAACGGGGAAUUGAAGGUCCUAGAGGUCCCCCUGGUGUUCGUGGUGACCCUGGAGAUCGAGGCCCUGUGGGAGAAAAGGGUGAUCGAGGUCCUCCAGGACUGGAUGGUCGGAAUGGAAUAGAUGGAAAGCCUGGGCAAAUUGGGCCUGCAGGACAAAGGGGUGACCCAGGAAAACAGGGUGACCCAGGCAGAGAUGGACUUCCUGGUCUGCGUGGUGAACAGGGUCCUCUUGGAGCACUCGGCCUGCCAGGGCCUACAGGGUUGCCUGGAAAGCCUGGUGAUGAUGGCAAACCUGGACUGAAUGGGAAAAAUGGUGAAGAUGGAACACCAGGAGAAGAUGGCAGGAAGGGGGAUAAAGGUGAAGCUGGAGACCCUGGCAGAGAUGGUCGGGAAGGUAUUAAAGGAGAACGAGGGAGCAAUGGGCCCCCAGGGCCUGUAGGAUCACCAGGUGUUCCUGGUGUGCCUGGUCAAGUGGGUCCACCAGGCCAGGGCAUGCCCGGUCUCCCUGGAAUGUCAGGACAAAAGGGGGAUAGAGGGGAGACUGGAUCCAAAGGAGAGCAGGGGAGACCUGGAGAGCCUGGACCACGAGGUGAACCUGGGACCAUACCAAAUGUUGAACGUGCCCUGGAAACCUAUGGUAUUAAGAUUUCCUUAUUGCGAGAGAUCACAGGUGCCUAUGAUGGGAGUGCUGAUCAAUUCUUGCCUGUCCCUGAUCGCCUAAGGGGCCUGAAAGGUAACAAAGGAGAUCCAGGAGAAAGGGGGCCACCAGGCAAAGAGGGUGUCAUUGGAUUUCCUGGAGAGAGAGGGUCAAAAGGAGAUAAAGGAGAACAAGGUCCAUCCGGUCCACAAGGUCCAAUAGGACGAGCCAUUGGAGAGCGAGGACUAGAAGGGCCACCUGGUCAACCAGGAGAGCCUGGGAAACCUGGGAUUCCAGGGGUACCAGGACGGGCUGGAGAACUUGGAGAAGCUGGGAGACCUGGAGAAAAGGGUGAUCGGGGUGAGAAAGGUGAUCGAGGAGAGCAGGGUAGAGAUGGCUUACAAGGCCCUCCAGGGCCCCCAGGGCCCAAGAUAGAUACAACAGAGGGGAUCCUCUCAGGGCUUCCAGGAGAACGAGGACCUGCAGGACCUAAGGGAAGCAAGGGAGAACCAGGAGAAGAUGGCGAGAGAGGCUCUAGAGGCGAUAAGGGUGAAGCAGGACAGAAAGGAGAGAAAGGAGACGCUGGUGAAAAAGGCAGAGAUGGCAGUCCUGGCUUUCCAGGAGAAAGAGGUCUUCCUGGUUCAGAAGGGAAACCGGGACAACAAGGUUUUAGAGGGCCAUCUGGCCCAGCUGGUAAUCAAGGAGAACCUGGACCCUCAGGCCCUCCUGGUCCUAUUGGUCCUCCAGGAACUCAAGGUCCACCAGGAAUAAAGGGAGACGCAGGACAACCUGGUUCUAGCAUCAGGGGGCUUCCAGGUCCCCAAGGGAAUGUUGGACUCCCGGGACCACUAGGUCUGCCUGGCCUUAUGGGACCUCCAGGGCCUCCAGGAUUACCAGGACAAGUGGGUGAAUCAGGGAAGCCAGGUGUACCAGGGAGAGAUGGAGUCCCAGGGAAAGAAGGGGAACCUGGACUUCCAGGGAAAAUGGGUAUGCCAGGACCUCUGGGAUCUACUGGUCAAAGGAGAACCUGGGGAUGCAGGGUGUUGUGGGACCUCCUGGAGUGAAAGGCGAAAAGGGAGAACCAGGAGAUUUUGAUGGGGAACUAUUGGGGAAGCCGGGUUCCAAAGGAGAUAGAGGUCUACCAGGCCCCAGAGGAGAGAAGGGCGAACCUGGGGAUCAGGGGGAACCUGGAGAUCCUGGAGAGGAUGGAGCCAAAGGAUCACCUGGGAUGAAAGGAGAAAAGGGUUCACAUGGGGUUGGCAUACAAGGACCUCCAGGGCAGACUGGGCCUUCAGGCUUGA